AUGAAGAACGUUUGUCAAGUGUUUCCCACACCUACAGCUGCAAUUCUCGCUUUGCUGGGAGUCUUUUGGACUCAGACUUCUGCAUUACAAACCUUCUACUUGGGAGAACCUGGCAAUUCUUAUGUCACUGCAACUAUGACUAUUGACAAUGAGAAGAACAUAGCUGAUGUCCAUGUCCGUUCUGGCGCAUACUCCUCUGAUACCAUUUUUGACUACUGGCAUGGAUAUGUUGCAACAAGGUUGUUUUCACGUAACGCUUGCUUUAUCCUGAAAAUGGAGAGAGAUUUCAUCCCAGAGCUGCAGGAAAUUGGACGCCUGGCUUUUGAGAAGCAGACUUUGAAGAAGAUAUACUCCUCAAAUAAUGUGUGGGUACAGUAUGAACCUGGCAAUUCAAUGUUAGGGAAUAUGAAGGAAUGGCUUAUCUAUGGUAAACCCAUUGAGCAUCUCUGCAGAAAUCUGCCUCUCUACAGGCUUGAAAAGGUUGAAGCACCACUAAAUUCUCGUGAUUGUGCCAACGCAGGAAUUCCAAGCAUUUUGGGCUUUAAAAUCUGUCCAAAAAUCAACUAG